AUGAAGUUCACCGUGUUAAGUGCGAUACUUGCAGCUGCGCUGAGUCAAACAGUCCUCGGGCAAGAGGGCGAAAGUUACGGCGCGAUUAAUCUAUAUGGCCCGGAUAUCAACGAUGCCUAUCCAGCAGAGAGUGUCUGCAUUUCUCUUCAGGAUGACAGGUACAACCCAGUCCCUAAUACUUUUCUCCCAGUGUCGAAUACAUGGAACGCUAAUCACUUUAUUGCCAUUGUCUCUAGUCCAAAGCCUGUGGAAACAAUCCAAAUUCAGGGUUCUUCUGGCAUCCAGUGCACCUUCUAUUCGGAAGUCGACUGCGAAGGUGACCACAUCACUUUGGACUCUGGAGGCCAUAGCUUUGAACACGAGCCGUUAGUCGUUGGCAGCUGGAAGUGUACUCUGGCAGCUUAA